AUGGUUCUGGUUCUGGUCGUGGUUCUGUUCGCAGCAGCAGCUUGGCUCAUGACGUCUCUCGGACUUUUUCUUUACUUUAAAUCAGUUAAAUGACGUCAGAACCAGCAUCCCGCCACUUUCUCUGCUGUUUGUCGGGUCAGGUGGGUUCUGGUUCUGGUUCUGGUUCAACAUCUCUGUGAUCGAACUUUCCCGGUUGCGCUCGGACAUGGACCUUCCGGCCUCCGGACGCUCCAGGUUUCUCAUCGACUCGCUGCUGGCGCUCAGGCCGCCCGCAGCGCUCCUCUCCCGGCCAAACCCUCCGGAGCUCCCCGGCGGCUUCCCGGAGCCUCCGUCCCCGCAGAGGGAGCCUGUUCCCCGCAGGGAAAGCCCGGCGCUGCCCGGUCCGGCACACCGGCACCGCUGCCUCGGCGCCUCCUUCCUGAUCCGGGACAUCCUGGCGGACUGCCGGUUCUGUUCUGACCCGGGGCAUCCCGAACCGGGAGCCGAACCGAUCCGACCGGGACCGGCGGAAAACAGCGCAGCCCACGCUGGGCCGGAACCGGGACUCCUGAAGAAAGUCCGGAAGGCCCGAACGGCGUUCAGCGAGCAGCAGCUGACCCAGCUGGAGAGGAGCUUCCAGAACCGGAAGUACCUGAGCGUCCAGGACCGGAUGGCGCUGGCGGCGUCCCUGCAGCUCAGCGACACGCAGGUCAAGACCUGGUACCAGAACCGCAGAACCAAGUGGAAGCGCCAGGCCGCUUCCGGUUUGGACCUGCUGGCUGCGGCUGGGCGGCUGCUCCUCCCGCCUCACUUCCUGUGUCCUCUGACCCCCGUGGCCCCGCCCACGACGGACCCGCACCUGCACGGAGGCCACACCCACCGACCUUUGGUCCUCCGUCGGUUUCAGAACCUGACCCGGUCUCUGAAACCGGACCGGGCGGCCUGGAUGCCGUGAUGUCACCGCAGUGUCCUUCCGUUUCCAUGGAACCCGAGGGGGUGGUUCUGGAACUGCAGCGGUUCCAUCAGGUCAAAGGUGAAAGAAAGCUGCUCUCCAAUUGGACAGAAAUCUCUCGUCUGGAAGCAGAACCAGAAUCUGUGGAUCUGCAGCCUGAAGGUCCAAAAGGUUCUGUGCUGAAGCUCUGGGUUUGUUCUGGUUCUGUGGAACCAAACGGACCAUCAGAACUCCUGGACCCUGAUCAGUCAGAUCCAAACC